CCGCGAUAUCCCCAUCCUCCUUUCUUACAUCACAUCGCUGAAUCUAUCUCAUAUCUUGAAUUGCCAUCUAUCUUUGUCUUGACUAAUGACACAAGAUUCCUGUGUAUAUCUUACAACCUCCCGCAUCAACCGCCUCUUCAGGCCACUUCGCGCCAAGUGCACUGCACUAGCCGAGUUUGUGUCUGUGUCGACGAGGAAAAGAGCGGCUGUCUCCGUAACAUAUUCUAGGACGACACGUUUCGCCUCUGCACAUGUAUUCGUUGACCGCGAUGUGCCACCCUUGGCCCUGCUGCAGCCACCGGAAGCUCUGCGGUCGCGCAUUCAUCUGGAUAGGACGAGUAUGGACAACCUUCAACUAUCGAGGAAGAUAUAUGAUGUACGAGAUGCAUUCAAAAACAUCUUACAAGCAUCGUUAGGAUCAACUGCAGUCCGCGGCCAUUCCGGGCCAUCCAGCCUUGCUGCUCUAUGUGCAGGUAUCGUAGGGGAGAACCUCCACGAUGACGUCGAAGCCUAUCAGGAGGGUCUGUUACAAAUGGGAAAUGAUACAGACGAACAUGCCGCAAUGGAAUUUCUGGACGAUCUCUACGAAGCCGUCCCAGGACAUUAUCGCAGCUUUGCUGUUACCUCGCAUGCGGUAUCAUAUAUUCUAGACGUUUGCCCCCAUCAUCCUACCCUACUUACCGCCCUUCUCGACACUUGUCUCAACCACGCAUUAGUCAAAGAAUCUCAAUUCAUCCUACGCGCUUUGUUCAAGGCGGCCAUCCGAUCUACGGGCCAGAAUUACACGCCUAUCUGCCCGCUUGCUCAUCAUGCACACAGCAACUAUCUAACCACUCUCCGCGAUAUUUGUUGCUCGAACAACAAGUCCACUAUCUGUCUACAGCUCGAUGAUUAUACUUUCGCCGCACUUCUCAUAGAUGUGCUCGCAGAAUCUGGUGCAGGCUCAGUCGAAGCAUGGACCUCAAAGGCAGUCGCAAAGCUCGCGAUGCAAUUGCAGACGCAGAGCUUCACAGCAUUUAUUCGACUUUGUUCCGGACUGGCGAACAGCAUUGCCGACGCUGAGCAUCAAUCUACUCGGAGGAAAUCUAAAAAGAUAGACGACAUUCAGCCUGACUCUAAUGCGCCCUUGAAGAAGCGACUCGUGAAAUGGGUCAAGUCUGCACUAGAUCGCUUGCACUCACAAUUCUCGAGCGGCGACACCGCGGUGCUGUCAGCCGACGUUUCAGACAAUUUCAAUGCCGUCGUUGACUUCUUGCUUCUCGCCAUGCCUCUGCACUUUCGCGCUGUCCAAGACUUCUCAGAUCCUUCAAGUGCAAAUUUGACUGACGCGAUGGUCUGUUUGGGUACCUAUUGCCUCGCGGCGCCCCUCGCAUCUUCUCUGAUAUCGAGCGAUCUCGAGUCUCUGGUCAAACUGUUACACAGUGCACGUGCUGGGACGGAGACGUUUGAUACUUUGGUAUCAUUGGUGUUCUCUCCCACCCCUGCUUCUCCCCUCUUGGAUAAGGAGCCUUCAAGCCAGAGCUCAACCCCCACCCCUCCGCCCGAAUCAUCCAUCCCUCACGUAGGGGGACUGCAGGAACUUCGCAGAUAUGCACGUGCAUUACGUUCGCAUGACAUUUUCCACCUGGAAGCCUCACUGUGGUCAAACGCGCUGCGCCACGUCGAGGACAUAUUGCUUACGUCAAACUCACUGCCUUUCAUGUCAAAACCUGUAACGGCAGUCGACCUGGAUGCUAUCAGGAAAGAGCUUGUACGACGCGUCGAACGUGCCGAGGCACGAUGCUUUGGCGCUCGUAAUGCCUCCCGGCUUGCAGUUGCUCCUGUGACACAGCCUGGUGAUGCCGUGCCUAGUCCUGCUUCAACCCACAUGUUUGAGGCAAGGGAGCCUCACAGGGGUGAGGAAUAUGUUUGGGAGGAGAUGAUCAGCUCCUGGGUGCGGAAAACUCCAGUCGUUGAACGAAUGCCACGACCCUCCAAGCGGCGGAAAGUCGACCUUGACAGUCCUUCUGACCAGUCGGGUUGUCGAAAUUCCCUAUCAAAGUCGCGGCUGCGUCGGUCUCAAUCGCGAGAUUCACAUCCGUGCUCGGAUAGCAUACCAAGGGCACGUCGUUCCGUGUCUAGCACGAGCCUGGAGGUGAGCCCGACGGUAACAGCUGUGGCUUCCGACGAUUUCGACGCCCCUUUGAGCGCUGGGAGCACUAGUCGCUCUCUGUCUAGGUCUCCCAGCAAGCAUCGGCGGCAGGAUGAGUUGAAAACACUCAAUUGCACGCCGCACGGCCAACGUGAAGCUCAGUCGCGCGCUCGCCGCAUCUCGAACUUUGCAACCAUUGUCGCAGAUGCUCAGAUGAAUCGUAUCGUCCUACAUCCGGAGCGCAAAUCUGAGGAACGUUCUGGUAGCAGCGAUCGGUCUCCUCAGUCGCGGAAGAGCACUGCUGCAGAGGCUUUUGGUGAUCGCAGGUAUGUUACCGUUAAGAGGACUAUGUCGAGGAGUCCGGUUCGAAGUCUUUGCACUGCCGACCAGCUCUCAUCAGAUGAUGCUUUGGAUCUAUUCGCAUAUCGCUCGUCUUCGCCAUCCGAGCCAUAGAACGUCUAUCUACAGACUCUACAUGGCUCUACAUCGUACCUCAAGUGUAUUCGCAUAUUUGUCUACAUCAUGUACAUCGUUUCAUCAUCUACCCUUAGCUAUUUUGCAUGGAAUAUUGAUAGCAAUCGGCAUUGUUGUAUCGAUCAUACACCUCGUAUGUCUUAGUUGACUCUAUUUUGAUGUUUGUUCAGUUGGUCUCUGCUGUGAGGCUUGAAGGAUAUCUCCGCG